GUGGACAUUUGAUACAACAUACAAUCAAGACACCGUUACAUCGCUCGUGUGUACACAGAAUAAAAAGAGACAAUUUGCUCAUUUCUGCAAACGACACAAUGCUCUUCGCUGAAUAGCUAGAAUCGCAUCCUUCGACAACCCUCGAAUAUGAUUUCCAACAGUCGGAGAACCGCUGCAUUACCAUGGGAACACUGGCCUGUCAAUAAUAAGGAAUCACCCUCAAUAGACCAUUUUCCUCCUGCCGCUUAUACUGCUCACAUAGAAUCGUCAUAUCAAAGAAUGAGUCUGGCAGCAACUCAAAAACCACUCCGCGACUUUCUAAGUGCUCUUCAGACCUCAGACGAUCAGGUAUACGACGUUGCAUGCUCCUUUUCGCAUGUCUUUCGCGAUCUAGCUGCCAACAACGAUACAGACGAAUCAUUCAGUCCUGUGCCCAUCACCCGUUUACCAAUCGGAAAGGAACGUGGUCGCUAUCUUGCAGUGGACGUGGGCAUCACCACGCUCAAAGUCGCAUUUAUCGAGUUACUAGGUGGCGAAAAUGAUGAGAAUGGGAACGGCAGUCGCAUUGGUAGUAGACCGAGAUCCAUGAGUAAUGUGAUUCGUCAAGUGAGGCAUUCAAGAGUCCGCAGAACGCUGGAAAAGGCGUGGCGGAUUGAAGAAAGGUUGAAGCAGGAUCAGCCGCAUGAGUUGUUUUUGUGGAUUGGGAAUUGCAUUGCUGAGGUGGUCAAGGAUGAUUUGUUGUCGAAUGCUGGGUUGAAUGUCGAGCAACCUGCGUUUAUUGAGACGGGGAUUGCGUUUGGGCUUCCUAUCAAGCAAGAUUCGUUGGAAGCAGCUACAUUGAUGCAAACCGGAAAGGGGUUUACGAUUGGCACAGACCUGGAUCUGAGACAAUCCAUCUUACAAGGUUAUGAACGACAUACACGCCGCAGUAGUGGGAGAGAAGAUGAAGAGAUGACAAGAGCAACAAAGAGACAACGACACUAUCUCCUGCCUCAACUCAAAAUAAUUGCCCUCACAAACGAUGCUGUUGCAACACUGCUUUCACUCUCGUACUCGAUCAAAUCAUAUCCCAACAGCCGGGUCGCAAUGGGCAUUGUCCUCGACGAGGGAUGUAACGCUACUAUCCCCAUGACACUAUCCGACCUCCAUCCAUCAAAGUGUCGAAAUAUCUUAAGUCGGGAACCUACAGCUGCCCAGACACUCGUCAGCACCGAAUGGACAUUACACGGCGCCUCUGCUCCGCUACGAGAGCACGGCAUCAUCACCAAAUGGGACUUGCAACUCGAUGCGCGAUCUGCGAGACCCGGAUUUCAGCCUUUGGAAUACAUGACCAGCGGACGAUAUCUAGGGGAACUCAUCCGGAUAAUCUGCAAUGACUAUUUCGUGAAUGUUUUAGGUAUUGCGGAGAAAUAUCUACCCUCACCACUGGUACAACCAUACGCUUUACGAACAGAGACGAUUAUUAGUACAAUUUCAGCACAAUUACCGCUCCAAGCACUCGUGAACACGCUUAAUCAUAGCCACAACCCCACCACAGUGACUGCCGGGGGGAACGAUCAUUUCCUCCCUCCACCACCAUUCCCAUCCGAAUGGUCAUGGACCAUCGAAACCGCCAACGCCCUCCGCGAAAUCGCGCAGACAGUCCAGACCCGUUCCGCGGCGCUGGUUGCAGCUGCUACUGUGGGAUUACUAGCAUCAAAUCAUGAGGUAUCCCUCCGUGACCCGAAUCUCCCGGUGCACACUUCAGCAACAUCGCCGUUUGGGAUUGAGACGCAGUUCCUGAGUAGUUCUCCAUCGAAGAGUUUUCAUGAAUUCAGCUUUGGGUUGACGUCAAGACCGUCUACGGGAAGAGGGAAGAGGGCAAGUUGGUUCGGUGGGCCGGAGGAGUUGGUUGUCGCGUAUAUUGGGAGUAUAAUACAGCAUUAUCCGAAUUAUAAGGAGAAUUGUCAGCGGUAUAUUGAUCGAUUGUUGAUCAAGGGUGGGCCGCAGGAAGGGGGGAAGAGUGUGUUUUUGAGGGAGGCGACGGAUGGGGUUAUUAUUGGUGCUGGAGUAUUGGCAGGGAUGUUUUCAAGGUGAUUUCUUCUUUUGUUGUGUAGACAGGUAUAGAUGGGUCGGAUGUGAUUUGUGUGUAUAGAUUGAUAGAGCUGGGUCUGGUCGGGCAU